AUCCGGCGUCAGAUGGCACUGAGUGCCGCCGCGGCCUGUAGACAGUUACUUGUAGGUCAUGUACCCCAGAUGACGAGGCCGCUCGAGCCGGCCGCCUCGACGACCCGGAGAGCCAUAAAAGGAACACGUUGACGCGUCGACGCGUCGUCGCCCCGAUCUCCCCAGUCCCCACACCACAAUUCACAAAGCAAGCCGAUCCAUCCGAGCUUCUUCGGGCCGGAUCGGAGCUCACCGUCAUGAACGGCGGUGGCGCGGGGAUGGGCGAGGACCCCAUGUACCCGCUGCCGCCGCCGCCGAUGAUGGAGGCGCCGCAGCCGCACGGGCACGUGCGCGCGACGGCGAACCACCAGCAGCAGCGCCCGGCGGCGGCCAACAACUGGGCGGGCAACGACGCCAACACGCUGCUGGUGGUGGCGACGCUCAUCACCACGCUCACGUACCAGCUCGGGAGCAGCAUCCCCGGCGGGUACUGGCAGGACACGCAGCUCCCGGUGGACGGCAAGCGGCCGCACACCGCCGGCGACCCCGUCAUGCGCGACCUGCACCCCCAGAGGUACUGGGUGUUCAUGGUGGCGAGCUGGAUGGGGUUCGCGGGGUCGAUGCUGAUGACGCUGAGCCUGCUGGUGCGGAUGCCCGUGGACUCGCGCCACGUCCGGUGGUCGUUCGCGGUGGCCUACGCCAGCCUCGUGCUCACCUUCCGGUUGUCGCAGCCCAAGACGCACAUCUCGCUGGACAUCCUCAUCUGGGUGGCCGUCACCGCAUUCCUCUGGCUCAUGAUCAGCGUCCGGACGGAGCACCGGGCGCGCAUCGUCCGCCUCUUCUGUUGCGCCGGCGACAACUGACCUGCACGGGUCCCUCAUUGAGGUCGACUAGAUUGCCACCGCGAUUUUAUCGUAGUUUCUCCUCCUCUUGAUUUCUGAUUUGGGGAUAGCAUGAACAUUGGCAAUGCCAUUGUUAGGCUCUGCCGGUAGUAUGUCUGAAAGUGAGCUCUAGGAUUGGGGAAAUUGGGGAAUUUUCUGUAGAAAAAUCAGGAUUCGCAUGGAAAAUAGGAAAUGGGAACAGAAAACAUUUAUACAUCGAUCGUUUCACA